AGAACCAUUCCAUUCCAAUAGUGGUUGCUUGACGGCCGUACUCCUACGAGCUCACUUUACCAUAUCUGGAUAUGAACGAGCUGUGCUCCGACUGGCGAACCAUCGAAAUGCUUCCUGCCUCAUCCCGAGACCCUGCACCGGAAGACUAUCCGCUUCCACCUUCUCCAAUCCUGGACGACCUCUUGCUCAUUACGAGAUCUAGAACGCCGUCAGGCUGCUCUACUACGUCUUUGAGCACAGAAUCCACACCAGACAUGCAAUUCCGAAGUCGACCGAUAUCAGACUGUUCGACUACAUCCACUGGAAGCGACUCAUCAACACGGCGACGACCAUUGACGCGGAGGCAAAGCCAUUGGUGCGGUCGAUGUCACAAAGUCUUCCAGACGUUCCGGACCGGCGAUCAAACACCACACGAAUGUCAGACGAGCAACGAAGUCACUCCUUCCAAACAAAGAGCUGCUGAGCUGCAACAAUUACGAGCUUUCAAGAACUUGGAUUUCAUUUUGGCGAGGAGAGCAAUUGAGAUGAGGAUGACGCUGGCGAUCUAAAUUCCUCUUCUUCUCUUCACGACGUCUGGAAAAUCAUUUUACAGCUUCGGAUUGGAUUUUUUGCUUAGGGAGGGAUGAGGAUAAGGAUGAUGAGUAUAUACGAAUGACGGGACGUACCUUGGCGUGAAUCUAACGUGAUCUGGCAAGCUAGACAUGUCUCUCGUAGAUUGGAAGCAAUGGAAAUACAAGCAUUC